UCCUCUAAACUUACUCUUCCUCUCUCUUAAAUUUUCUGUGCUUUUGGUGUUGCAAUCCGCACUCCACAAUUUCUUAAUCUCCGGCAUUUAAAAAUAUCAAAAUCAUCCCAUCACUUCAAAAACAAUACAGAAGGGAAAAUACGAAUGCUAAAUAAAUAUGCUUACAGCUACAGCCACAGUCACAGCCAUGGUAAGGCAAACUAGGGAGAGAGCGAUGGAAAAUGAGAGAUGUUUUAUAGAAGAGAAAUAGAAGAACGAAGAAAAACUUGGCAUCCAAACAGAACCUUGCUCUCUCUCUCUCUCUCUCUCUCUCUCUCUCUAUACCCUUUACUAGGCUCUUCAAGUCAAACGCUCCAAGCAAACGACAACAAACUCGUCUGAUUCCCCGAUUUCUUUUUCCGUUGGUUAGGUAGUGAUCUUAGAAUCGGAUGAUAUAUCCGAUCGUCGGUGGAGAUCGGCGAUGCUCGUCGGUUCCGGUGCCGGUGGGGGAGGAUGGCGGUGGUGAUGGUGGAGUAGCUGAGGAGUCCUUUUGUGAGUCGGUGGUAGUUGAGAGGAGUUCAGGAGGUGGAGGAUGAAGAAAGGAAAGAGUAAAAACACUGGCUUGUUACCGAAUUCCUUGAGGAUUAUCUCUUCUUGCCUCAAAACUGUUUCCACUAAUGCUAGCACCGUUGCUUCCACCGUUAGGUCUGCUGGCGCGUCGGUUGCUGCGUCUAUUUCAACUGCUACUGAGGAUCACAAAGAUCAGGUCACCUGGGCAAGCUUUGACUGGUUGGAGCUAGGUCCAUCUGUCUUCAAGCAUGUUCUCUUACUUGGUUAUCAGAAUGGCUUUCAAGUCCUUGAUGUGGAGGAUGCUUCUAAUUUUAGUGAACUGGUUUCGAAGCGUGAUGGUCCAGUUUCAUUUUUACAGAUGCAGCCUUUCCCUACAAAGUCUGAUGGCCAAGAAGGAUUCAGAUCAUCGCAUCCUUUACUAUUGGUUGUUGCAGGGGAUGAUUUUAACAGUUUAAAUGUGGGUCAAAAUCAUAGUCUUCUAGGUGGGCUAGGAAGAGAGAAUAACAGCGAGUCUCUGUCAGGAAACUAUAUUAAUUCUCCAACUACUGUUCAGUUUUACUCCUUUCGGUCUCACUGUUAUGUGCAUGUUCUGAGAUUUCGCUCGGCUGUGCAUAUGGUUCGAUGCAGCCCUCAGAUUGUAGCUGUGGGCCUUGCAACUCAAAUAUAUUGUGUUGAUGCUCUCACUCUUGAGAGUAAAUUCAGUGUUCUCACCUAUCCUGUUCCCCAGUUGGCUGGACAAGGAACAGUAGGAGUCAAUCUAGGUUAUGGUCCGAUGGCUGUGGGUCCUCGGUGGUUAGCUUAUGCUUCGAACAAUCCACUGGUGUCAAAUUCAACUCGCUUAAGUCCAAAAAAUCUUACUCCAUCUCCAGGUGUCAGUCCAUCAACGUCACCAGGUGGUAGUAGUCUGGUUGCUCGUUAUGCAAUGGAAUCUAGUAAACAGCUGGCUGCUGGAAUAAUUAACCUUGGUGACAUGGGAUACAAAACAUUGUCUAAAUACUAUCAAGAGCUCCUUCCUGAUGGGUCUAAUUCUCCAGUUUCAUCCAAUUCUGGCUGGAAAGUUGGUAGACUUGCAGGAUCGGACAUGGAUAAUGCAGGGAUGGUAGUUGUCAAGGAUUUUGUUUCUCGAGCUGUUAUAUCACAAUUUAAAGCCCAUACCAGUCCCAUAGCUGCACUAUGUUUUGACCCUAGUGGGACCUUGCUUGUUACUGCUUCAAUUUAUGGAAAUAACAUAAAUAUUUUCCGGAUUAUGCCAUCCUGUUCACGGAAUGGAUCAGGUGCUCAAAGCUAUGACUGGAACUCUUCUCAUGUGCAUCUUUACAAGCUACAUCGUGGAAUAACUUCAGCUAUGAUCCAGGAUAUAUGCUUUAGUCACUAUAGUCAGUGGAUUGCAAUUGUUUCAUCCAAAGGAACCUGUCAUGUCUUCACUUUAUCUCCAUUUGGCGGUGAUUCUGGAUUUCAAUCUCUUAAUUCUACGGGUGAGGACCCUUCCCUAUAUCCAGUGUUGUCUCCACCUUGGUGGUCCGCAUCAUCUUGCAUGAUCAAUCAGCAUUCUUCUCCACUCCCCCUACCCGUCACACUUUCCGUGGUGAGCAGAAUAAAAUAUAGUAGUUUUGGGUGGCUUAAUGCUGUUGGCAGUGCCAAUGGCUCUGCAGCAGGAAAGGUUUUUGUACCAUCUGGUGCAGUUGCUGCUGUUUUCCAUAAUUCUAAAUCUCAAAGCGUUCAGCAUGUUAACUCAAGGGCCAAUUCCUUGGAGCAUUUGUUAGUUUUCACUCCAUCAGGUCAUGUAGUUCAGCACGAGCUUCUUCCAUCUAUUGGGCUAGAUCCAGGUGAAAGUGGUUCAAGAACCCAGCCAGUUUCAUUUGUACAUAUACAAGACGAUGACUUGAAGGUUAAAGUUGAACCAGUUCAAUGGUGGGAUGUGUGUAGAAGAUCAGAUUGGUCAGAAAGAGAGGAAUGCAUUUUUGGGAGUACAGGUGGAAAAAACGCUGUUGAAAUAAUUCAAAGAACACCAGGAUCUGGGGAUAAUUUUAACAUGGAAUUUCUAGACAUCAAUGAUGAUUCCAGUGAAAAGAAAUCAGCAAAAACAUGUUUUGUAAAAUCUCAUGAGAGAUCCCACUGGUACCUUUCUAAUGCAGAGGUGCAUUUAAGCUCUUUGAGGUUGCCAAUGUGGCAAAAAUCUAAGAUUUGCUUCUAUGUGAUGGAUUCUCCAAGAGUUAAUAGUUAUGAUGAUGGAGAGUUUGAAAUUGAAAAUCUUCCCAUCCAUGAAGUUGAAUUAAAGCAAAAGGAAUUAUUGCCAGUUUUUGAUCAUUUUCACAGCAUCAAAUCAGGGUGGAAUGAUAGAGGCCUCGCCGCAGCAAGAUAUAACCUUUCACCAUUAGCAGAACCACUUCAAGUUGAGGGCAAGAUCACACAGGAGACUGUUAUUUGUCACUCGAUGCCAGCAUCACUUAGCUCAACUGAAAGUUCAGAAUGUGGUUCAUCAAGAAGAAUUGAGCAUAUGCUAGAUUUGGAUAUAAUAAAUUGUGAGAAAACUUACAUCACCACUUGCCAGAAUCUGAAUGACUACUACCAGGAAAGAAAAGGGGGUACCAUAAUUGAGUCUGGUGCACUGAUUAAGAAUUCCUUAACCAUUGUAUCUCUUCCACAUGAGCAUUCAAAAAAUGUAAAUAGUCAUGUUAUCAAUUGUGCUAAAAAUGGUUUACCCUUGUCAGCAAAUAACUCGCCUCCUGCAGGAACAUUCUUUGUUGGAGAAGCUCCAAUUUUGAAUACCAAUAGGCAUACUGAUCUUUUAGCAUCAACUGCUGACAGUUACAAUUCACAUAUUAAUAGCCUUGUGGGAGCGUCCACUAUUCCUACAGUAGAGAAUCCAUUAGAUUUUGGGCUGUCUUUUCGGGAGGGGCACUGUAAGGCAUUGAACCUUGAUGAAUGCCACAGGUCAACUGAAGUCAUAGCUGAUGAUGUUGACAGCAGCAGUAGCCAGUGUGAGAAGGAAAAGCCUGAAGAGGAUGGCGAUAAUGAUGAAUUUCUUGGUGGCAUGUUUUCAUUUUAUGAAGAAGGUUGAUCUCAACUCUUCUCUACUAGUGAAACGUCCAGAGUGCUGGCAUUCACGGGUCAGCGCAAUUAAAACGUUUGAGGAAGUUGGUGUUAUUUUAUUGAAGAUGUCAUCUUUUGACAAUGAAUGUGCAAUGAUGGUGUGAAUAAGAGGGGUGGCAAAUCAAACUACAUAUUUGCCAACGUAUGUAAUCCUCUCUCUCUCUCUCUCUCUCUCUCUCUCUCUCUCUCUCUCUCUCUCUCUCUCGUAUAUAUUCUGUACAUGAUAAUUCUUAAGCAUAGGAUUAGUUCUGGAUUUGCAUUCAGUGGCAUCUGUUAACUCUGUCUGUACAGAUGAACUCAAUGAAAACAAUGUUCUCAAGCUGUAUAACUGUAUAUUUUUCCUUUCUUUUGACAAAAAGAAUAGGGGGGGAAAAGGAAUGAAAAGGAAAAGACGAAUUGUUUUGCUCAGAAA